AUGGUGUCACAGAGAUUUUAUCACUUUUUUUUGCUGUUUACGGCUGUUUGCGGCCUCUCAAUUUCUUCCAGGACUCAGACCUUUACAUCAGGCAACAUCAAGAACAACACUGAUUCUACCGUACCACUUGAUUUGACCAUUGAUCACGGGAUGAACUAUUCACACGAUAGGGACAAAACUGUGAGAUCUGAUAGUGAGAAUUGGUUUACGGAACUUGAGGACAUGACGUAUACUGUUGUAAAGGCUAUACCUCUAUUUGGUACCAUAUACUCGUUCGAGAGAGCGGGUAUUGCUUAUCGCUCUCACCAAUCGGAGCAGCUUUGGAUAUCAGUUGCAAACUGUCUCGGCGGUUUCGUCCGCGACGUGCUACUCAUCGCACAGGUCACAGAGCCGCUAGAAAUAGCUAUAUUGCACACCAUGGAAGAUUCUCUUACUGAGAAACUCAUUGAAAUCUACCAUGCAGACCCCAAGGUUCCGUAUAGCAUUCGCUAUGACGGGACGCUAGACCAGAAUAGAGAGCAUCUCCUGGUCGCCGAGUCUACGCCGGGCAGUUCCGCAUCCCAAUUAUUUGCAGGCAAAGCCAAGGGUGUGCAUUAUUUCCACAGGAGUGUCUUCACUGGCUUGAUUAGACAUCCGGAGUAUGCCCCAAGUGGAGAGCGGAUUCAGUUGUACCUUCCUCAAGGUUUGUUUGAUGGAGCAAAGGUCGUCUUCUCAUGGAAGUGGACAACAGAUGCUUGGGACACAGAGGACAGAGCAGAGGUAACAGUUGGCUAUGUUCGGCUUGAAGCAGGAACCCCAGUCAGAUUUUCAUUGUCGCGUCGCAAGGGAAGCGGUGGUUGGGCCGGCUACGACUUCAAAGGUCACAUUGUCUCGGCGAAUCGCAUUGACGUCACGACUCAGAUUGAUUAUGAGGACAUAAACAUUCGUCUGGAAAGGCCUGUUGAAAAUGGAAGCUAA